CACCAGAAACUAGACGAGGGGGGAGGAGGCAGCAAGUCUUCCGCGCACCCGGAGCCGGGAGGAAAUCGGGCGGGAUCUUCUGCAGCUCCACCCCGUUCACCUGCGCAGGUAGCCCGGGCGGAGGUAGGCUCCGGUAGGCGGAGGCCCAGCGGGCUUGGAGCAUGUUCGGCAGCCGUCCGUUCAGUGUCGGGGUACGCGAGCUCCCGAGCCGUGUUCUGCCCGAGGUCACAAGCACCCUCGGAACCCAGAGGCCCGUGUUGUGAAGGUGACCCCCGCCCUGGGGAGGAGGGCGACGGCCCCUGGGAGCACGAUGGCCGGCCGCCGCCUGGCUCAGGCCAGUAUCUCUACGGUCGGCGUGUGGCUCCUUUGCGCGCUUGGUCUCCAGGGCACUGAGACUGAGCUGCCCUCCGCACCCGCUGAGCUUCCCGGGGGAGCCGCCUGCUUGAGCCGCUUUACCAGUGGGGUGCCAGCUUUUGUGCUGGACACCGAAGCUUCGGUCAGCAACGGGGCCACCUUCCUGGGCUCCCCGACUGUGCGCCGCGGCUGGGACUGCGUGCGUGCCUGCUGCGCCACCCAGGACUGCAACCUGGCGCUGGUGGAGCUGCAGCCGGACGGCGGCGAGGACGCCAUCUCCGCCUGUUUCCUCAUGAACUGCCUGUACGAGCAAAACUUCGUGUGCAAGUUCGCUCCGAAGGAAGGCUUUAUCAACUAUCUUACUCAGGACCUUUACCGCUCUUACCGCGAGCUGCGGACUCGAGGCUUUGGAGGGUCCCAGAUCCCUCGAACCUGGGUGGGCAUAGACUUGAAGGUACAGCUGCAGAAACCCCUGGUACUGAGAGACGCAGACAGCACAGUAUGGCACCUACUGCAAGGUGACAAAGAUAUCAGAGUAGAGAGAAACCAUCCGGACGAAGUGGAGCUGUGGGGACUUAAGGAAGGGACCUACAUGUUCCAGCUGACAAGAGCUGACUCAGACCAGCCAGAGGACACAGCCAACCUGACCAUCACUGUGCUAACUGCCAAGCAGACGGAAGAUUUCUGCCUUGCAUCCUACAAGGUGGGCCGCUGCCGGGGUUCCUUCCCACGCUGGUACUACGACCCCACGGAACAGAUCUGCAAGAGUUUCACCUACGGAGGUUGCCUGGGAAAUAAAAACAACUACCUUCGGGAAGAAGAGUGCAUGCUAGCCUGCAAGGAUGUGCAGGGUGGGUCGCUGAGAGGCAACUUUGGGGCUUGGGUGACUUUUCCCCUAGGAAUCUCACCUAAAAGACACCAUCCAGUCUGCUCUGGAAGCUGCCACGCCACCCAGUUCCGCUGCAGCAAUGGCUGCUGCAUUGAUGGCUUCCUGGAGUGCGAUGACACCGCGGACUGCCCUGAUGGCUCAGACGAGGCCACCUGUGAAAAGUACACCAGUGGCUUCGAGGAGCUUCAGAGUAUCCACUUCCUCAGUGAUAAAGGAUACUGUGCGGAACUGCCAGACACGGGGCUCUGCAAGGAGAACAUCCCACGCUGGUAUUACAACCCAUUCAGUGAACGCUGUGCCCGCUUCACCUAUGGUGGUUGCUAUGGCAACAAGAACAACUUUGAGGAGGAACAGCAGUGCCUUGAGUCCUGUCGUGGCAUCUCCAAGAAGGAUGUGUUUGGUCUGCGGAGAGAAAGCUCUAUUUCCAGUGGAGGUUCAGUGGAGGUGGCCAUUGCUGUACUCCUGGUCAUCUGUAUCAUAGCGGUCAUAGCUAUCCUGGGCUACUGUUUCUUCAAGAACCAGAGGAAGGACUUCCACAGUCACUACGCACCUCCCACCCCAGCCAGCUCCACUGUUUCUACCACCGAGGAUACGGAGCACCUGGUGUAUAAUCACACAACCCAGCCCCUCUGAGCCUGGAACUCGUUAGCAGGCUCACCAGGUCCUGCCUGCCAAGACCAAGGCUAGAACCUGGGAGAACUUAGGGACCAGACUCUGCCUGCCUGCUUCCUGGGCACACUUAACUCUGUCUCAGAAGCCACAUCUCUGGGCCUCUUAGAGUUGUCUCAGCUGCACUCAGGCCAGUACUGGAGAAGGCCUGAGAGUCUGGGAGGAGCAGAGCAGCCUUGAGCCGAAAGUACUGUACAUAGAAGGACCUGCCUGCCUGGAAGCCGGAGGAAGUUGGUGUUUUGUGUCCUGUUCAAAGCUGCCUGUCCCCAUCCAACGAUACUAGGACCUAGAGUGAUGUCAGGCCAGAGGCUGCAGCUCUGCUUUCCACAGCUGUCUUUCCACCCCGUACAGUCCAACACUGAAGGAUGUCUCUUUGUAGUUUGUGCUUGUAAAUAAUGUGCUUUUGGGAGGACCAGGGUCAUAGCUCAGUGGUAGAGCAUGCAUGGUACCCAAAGUGCUCUACACAGCACCACAAAAUGACAUUAAAUUAAAAAAUAAAAA